AUGUCAAACUGUUCAGUAAUCAAGAGUCGUCAGACUAUCAUCUCUAUCACUAUAAGGGCUAUUCAAUUGGCUUGGACAAUAGCUGCAUUGGUUACAGCCGCAAUCUCCGAUUCCAAACUCCCCUAUGAGAGAAUCCAAUACUCACUUGCAGUCUCGGUAAUUUCUCUCGUUUAUGUCAUUUUAACGGUAAGUCCUCUUUAUCGCUAUGCUGUGCCCAUCCAGGUGGUUCUUUGUGAGGGCAUUCUUUCCCUUCUUUGGCUAGUGGCAUUUGGACUUAUGGCCAACGUAUGGGCCAGUAUUAAUUGCGACGUUUUUGACACAAGCUUUUGGUCUAUGGCACUCAAUGACUCUAAGGCGACUAAACUUCUUGAUUCACUCCAUGAUCUGUGCCCUGUAAACAAAGUAAACAUUGCGUUCGCCUGUUUGGCCUGGAUUUCAUUUCUGGUUUCCUUCAUCUUGUCACUUGCUUGUACCUAUGUCCCUGUAUCCAAGGGGGAACAAGGUCUUAGAGAGAAGAUUAUGUCAUAUGGUGCACUUUUCCCAGCAGCCACCACCACUUCCGCUACUACUGCUACUACUAAUUCUACUGAUCCUGAAGUCAUUAAUUUUGAAGGACAAACAACUGGAAUCAGGUAUGAUCCCUCAGUUGGUUUCGAUGGAUAUUCAAAAGAGUCUGAGAAUCAUACUCCAGACGAUGAAUUCAAUCAACAUCCCAACGUCACACGUUUUGUAUAG